AUGCCUCGUGCAAUUAAUAGCAGAGCACCACCCCCACCCCCACGCACCCAAAAGUGGUAUGGGCUGACUGCUCCCAUCAGUGAGGAUCUGCCCACAGUGGAUGACUUGAUCCACGACAGACAUCUGAUUGAGACUCUGAAGUCUUAUGGUGUAUUUGAAGGGGCCUUGGAGCUGAAACACAGAAAACAUGUUUUAAAACAACUGGAGUCCCUCUAUAAGGAGUGGCUCACAGAAAUGUGUAUAGAAAUGAAACUACCUGAGUCGGUAACUGAGAAAGUUGGAGGCAAGAUUGUCCCAUUUGGCUCCUAUCAUCUUGGAGUCGCCUCAAAAGGUGCUGAUUUUGACGUCCUCUGUGUUGGACCCGGUUUUCUUGAAAGAAAAGACUUCUCCCAUUCCUUCGCUGACAAGCUGAAAGCUCAGAAGGAAGUCAAAGACCUACGGGUCAUUGAAAAUGCAUUUGUUCCUGUCGUCAAAUUGUCCUAUGAUGGACUUGAGAUUGACUUAGUCUUUGCACUAUUGCCACGAAAAAGCAUCCCAGAGAAUAUAGACCUGCUCAAAAAUGAAUGGUUGAGGACAAUGGAUGUGCACUGCGUCAGGAGUCUGAACGGCUACAGAGUUACAGAGGAGAUCCUCAGGCUCGUCCCAAACAUUCAUACCUUCACACUCGCUUUGAGAACUAUUAAGCUGUGGGCCAAACAGCGUAACAUUUACUCCAACAUGCUGGGCUUCCUGGGCGGUGUGUCAUGGUCCAUACUGGUAGCCAGAAUUAGCCAGGCGUACCCAAACGCUUCAGCGUCCACCCUUGUGACCAAAUUCUUCAAGGUCUACGAUAUGUGGGAGUGGCCAAUCCCAAUCAUGUUGAAGGGAUUAGAGGACCGCUACUUUAAGCUUCCUGUUUGGGAUCCCAGGGUUAAUGUCAGUGACCGCUAUCACCUGAUGCCCAUCAUCACCCCAGCGUACCCGCAGCAGAACUCUGCAUUCAAUGUGUCUCCCUCCACCUUGGCCAUCCUGACGGAGGAGAUACAGCGGGGCCACGUCAUCGCUCAAGAGAUACAGAAGAAGAAAGCAGACUGGUCCACAUUAUUUGACAAGCCAGACUUUUUCAAGAAGUACAAGUAUUACAUUCAGCUACAAGCUACUUCAGCUACAGCGGAGCAGCAUCUUGAAUGGGUUGGCUUGGUGGAGUCUAAAGUCAGACUCCUGGUGGCAACUCUGGAGAGAAAUGACUUCAUUACCCGGGCCCACAUAGAUGUCCAGCCCUUCCCUGGAUCCAGCGAGGAUCAAGGCAAUGCCAAAGAGGGAAUCGAGAAAAAGUGGCUGAUUGGACUUGCCAUAAAUACGGAGAGGUAUAGUGAACUGAACUUAAACCGAGACUUGACCCCCAACCUCACGACCUUCAGUGAAACUGUCUACAGGCAGGCACAUAGCUGUGGGUUAUUCAAAGAGGGGAUGACCAUAUCAAGCAGAUACAUGUCCCAGCACAAUAAUUCGGUGUCUGUGACCAGCGGCUCAUCUGUCCAAGCAUCCACAUCCAGAAGACCCACUCCUGUAUCCUCCAUGAGUUCAUGGGCUGCAAAGAGAGCUCGUUCUCCUCACUCAGAAACUUCCAUUAAGAAGUUCAAAUCUGAGGAGAAGAGAACCAAAGACACCUGCUCUACAAGCGCCUCGCUCAGCAAAAGUCCGUCUCAAAGUGUGAGCUCACCAAGCACCAAGAGACCCCGCACUCCUGAGCGCGAGACACCGAGCAAGAAACUCAAAAUUGACCUGGAUCCGCCCACUGCCGAGCUGUCAGACACGCCUACCGGCCACACCGAGACGGUUGGAGUUGUGAAAAAUGGCAUCAAACUUCGGCUGAUCGGGUACAGCACAGAAUCAAGAUUAGACACUUCUCCUUAG